ACCAAAAAAUAGUCUUGUAACAUUGUUGCUCACUUUGCCUGAGAGAGAGUCAGCUUUUUUCACGUUCCCCCAAACACUUCAACUAUGGCUGCUCCAGCCAUGCAACAAACCUCCGCACAGGAGGAAAGCCCAGACCUUGAAAAGAAUGGUCAUGCUGAAAGGGCUCAAUGGGUGCUUAAUGCACCCGAGCCCCCAGGUUUAUGGAGUGAGCUCCUUGAUUCUGUGAGGGACAAGAUUUUACCUUGUGGAAACAAUUUCAUGUCCCUCAAAAACCAGUCCGGAAGAAAACACCUUGUGUCUUUCUUACAAGGUGUAUUUCCUAUCCUUGUUUGGUGUCAAAGUUACACUGUAAGAAAAUUUAGGAAUGAUCUACUUGCGGGUCUAACUAUUGCUAGCCUAUGCAUUCCCCAGAGUAUUGGAUAUGCAACUUUAGCAAAACUUGAUCCUCAAUAUGGCCUCUACACAAGUGUGGUACCACCUCUUAUCUAUGCUGUAAUGGGGACAUCAAGAGAGAUAGCAAUUGGACCUGUUGCAGUUGUUUCACUGCUUUUGCCAUCAAUGAUUCAGAAAAUACAAGAUCCUGGGGCUGAUCCAAUUGCCUACAGAAAGCUUGUUUUGACAGCAACUUUCUUUGCAGGAAUCUUUCAAGCUACCUUUGGACUGUUCAGGCUAGGAUUUCUUGUAGAUUUCCUAUCCCAUGCGGCUAUUGUGGGGUUUGUGGCUGGAGCAGCCAUAGUGAUUGGUCUUCAACAACUAAAGGGACUGCUUGGGAUUAAUCACUUCACAAACAAGACUGAUGUAAUAUCUGUAGUGGAAGCAGUUUGGAGAUCAGUUCAUCAUCAUUGGAGUCCUCUUAAUUUUAUACUUGGGUGCUCAUUCCUAAGUUUCAUCCUAAUCACAAGAAUUGUGGGUAAAAGGAAAAAGAGACUCUUUUGGUUAUCAGCCAUUGCUCCUCUCCUUUCUGUUAUACUAUCUACUCUUAUUGUUUUUCUGACAAGAGCCGAUAAACAUGGAAUUAAGAUUGUGAAACACAUCCAAGGAGGCUUUAAUCCAAGCUCAGUUCAUCAGUUACAGCUCAAUGGCCCAUAUGUUGGAGAAGUGGCAAAAAUUGGACUCAUUGUUGGUGUUGUUGCCCUCACGGAAGCGAUUGCAGUUGGAAGAUCUUUCUCAUCAUUAAGAGGAUACCACCUUGAUGGAAACAAAGAAAUGUUUUCCAUGGGCUUCAUGAACAUCAUUGGGUCAUUCACUUCUUGCUAUGUUGCAACCGGUUCUUUUUCACGCACUGCCGUAAAUUUCAGUGCUGGUGUUGAAACUUUAGUCUCCAAUAUUGUGAUGGCAAUUACAGUGCUCGUAUCGCUGCAAUUAUUCACAAAGCUAUUGUAUUACACUCCUAUAGCAAUCCUCGCUUCAAUAAUUCUUUCUGCUCUUCCGGGACUCAUUGACCUCCAUGAAGCGUACAAUAUUUGGAAGGUUGAUAAGCUAGACUUCCUCACCUGCAUCGCUGCGUUCUUUGGUGUGUUGUUUGUAUCUGUGGAGAUUGGCCUUCUAGUUGCAAUAGGAAUAUCAUUUGCAAAGAUUAUUCUCAUCUCAAUUCGACCGGGGACAGAAGCUCUAGGACAGCUUCCUGGAACUGAUAUGUUCUGCGAUAUCAAUCAGUAUCCCAUGGCUGCAAAGACUCCUGGGGUUGUGAUAAUCCGUAUCAAGUCAGCCUUGCUAUGUUUUGCAAAUGCCAGUAUCAUUAAAGAAAGGAUUAUGCAAUGGGUUACUGAAGAAGCGGAGGACACAAAAGGAAAUGUUAGAAGGACUAAUAAUCAACUCGUAGUUCUUGACAUGUCCAGUUUAAUGGACAUUGACACAUCAGGAAUUGCUACCCUGCAAGAAUUGCAGAAGAAUAUCACCUCACAUGGAAUGGAGUUAGCCAUUGCUAAUCCUAGGUGGCAAGUCAUUCACAAGCUAAAGCUAGCCAACUUUGUGAGUCAAAUUGGAGGAAGGGUCUUCUUGACUGUUGGAGAAGCUGUGAAUGCAAAUCUCGAUACAAAAAGGGCUGGUUGCAUUUAGGUGUGAAUGCCUCUAUCAAGAAGACUGAAGCUUGCUUAUCUCUCGUGUGUGACCGAGUCCCGUACUACUUAUGUACAUAUAAAUGGGACUCAGAAAUUAAUAAUAAGGUGAAGAUGGUUUUAAUCUCCUCACUCCUAGUAGACAAACAGGAGUGGAGUACAAAAUAAGAUAUUCAAACAGCUUUGUUUGUGGUGUGGUGAGUGUUUUGUAUUAGAGAUAUGUACCAUAUAUGUACGUGUGUCUUGUACUGGAGUUAUGUGAUAUAAAUCUUCUCCUUGUGUUGUA